CCUUUCUUGCUUUACGAGACCAACGAACGACCUUCGAAACUCAAAAAAAGAUUCUGAAAAUGGAGGAAGAAGAUUUAUUACUACCUCAUACAGAAGGAUUAUUAGCUUCUCCUAAUAAAUCUUCUAAUUCGUUUCUGUCUGAAAUAUCAAAUCUCUCCACAAGACCUUUUCUUCUUGCCUUCACUGCCUGUUCUUGCGGUGCCUUUUCCUUUGGAUGCAUUCUUGGAUAUACGGCUCCUACACAGUCCAGAAUCAUGAGAGACUUAAAUCUAUCCAUAGCUGAUUUUUCACUUUUUGGAUCGAUAUUGACUGUGGGAGUAAUCCUUGGAGCAUUAAUCUGUGGGAAAUUAGCAGAUUUGGUUGGUCGUGUCUAUACAGUGUGGAUUACAAACAUCAUGGUCCUAAUUGGCUGGUUCUCUAUUGCAUUUGCUAAGGAUGUUUGGCUGCUCGAUCUCGGAAGGUUAUUGCAAGGGAUCUCGGUCGGAAUUAGCGCAUAUUUGGGACCGGUUUACAUCUCCGAAAUAGCACCAAGAAAUGUGCGAGGAUCUGCUUCUUCCUUGUCUCAGUUAUUUGUGGGCGUUGGUCUAUCGGUCCUUUAUGCACUUGGAACAGUCGUUCCUUGGCGCAAUUUAGCCAUUUUGGGAUCUAUACCUUGUCUUGUGAUUUUGCCUCUUCUUUUCUUCAUCCCUGAAUCUCCUAGAUGGCUAGCUAAAGUAGGGAGGGAAAAGGAGGUUGAGGCGGUUUUGUUAAGCCUGCGAGGAGCAAAAUCUGAUGUAUCUGAUGAAGCAGCAGAGAUAUUAGAAUAUACUCAACAUGUUAAAGAACAACAAGACGUCAAUGGCCGUGGUUUCUUCAAGCUAUUUCAGCGAAAAUACGCGUUGUCACUUACUAUUGGAGUAGUUCUUGUAGCUUUGCCUCAGCUUGGAGGUCUUAAUUGCUAUACUUUUUACACUGACUCCAUUUUCACAUCUACCGGUGUAUCGAGUGACGUUGGAUUCAUAUCGACAUCCAUUGUUCAGAUGGUUGGAGGCAUUUUAGGUACUGUUCUUAUGGAUGUAUCCGGAAGACGUUCACUCCUAUUGGUUUCUCAAGCUGGAAUGUUCUUGGGUUGUCUCGCAACAGCCAUUUCGUAUUUCUUGCAGAAGAACAAUUGCUGGGAAACAGGAACAUCUAUUUUGGCUCUCAUUAGUGUUAUGGUGUAUUUUGCAUCAUACGGUUUAGGCAUGGGACCGAUACCAUGGAUCAUAGCAUCAGAGAUUUAUCCAGUAGACGUGAAGGGAGCGGCUGGAACAGUUUGUAACUUGGUCUCAUCUAUAAGCUCAUGGCUCGUUACAUACUUCUUCAGUUUCAUGCUUCAAUGGAGUUCUGCAGGAACAUUUAUCAUCUUUGCCACAGCGAUGGGCCUUGGAAUUGUGUUCACAGCUAAGCUUGUUCCGGAGACCAAAGGCAAAUCAUUAGAAGAGAUUAAUUCUAUUUACACUGAAUCUCCUCCUGAAAAUUCUACAAUAUUUUAAGAAAAAUUGUUAUAUUGGUGAUGAAGAAUCAACUUGGUACAGCUUAAACCAAGGACAGGUUGGUCUGAUUGAGCUCUGGUGAGAAUUGCAGCUCAUGGUUUACGGUUAAGGAGAUAAACCGGCAUCUCAUUUUGUAAUUGAUUUUAACGGCUAGUUGAAGUGUGUGUUGUAUACGUGUAAACUCAGAUCUCAUCUCUUAGGUUGUUAUCGAGAAGAGGCUUAAGAGAUAGGUUGUUGAGUUUGUUGUAUCGUGUGAUUGAUUAAUAGUUGCCUGAUUCACCAGGCCGA